CGGAGGAGACUCUCUGCUUGCCCAAGACACUUUCUAAUCCUCCUGUUCUUCCCCUGGCAGGUAUGGAGUUCGACAAUGACACUCUCAGCCACCAAGUCGUCGAGGACUGUGACUACAGCGACUGGAGCUCCUCCAAGAUCCUCAUCCCCACCAUCUACUUGCUUGUUUUCUUCCUGGGCACCACGGGCAAUGGUCUGGUGCUGUGGACCAUUUUUUGGGGCAGCCAGGAGAAACGGCGAUCUGCGGAUACCUUUAUCGCCAACCUGGCAGUGGCUGACCUGACGUUCGUGGUCACCUUGCCACUGUGGGCUACCUAUGUCAUCCUGGACUACCACUGGUCCUUUGGCUCUUUCGCCUGCAAGCUUAGCAGCUACCUGGUCUUUGUCAACAUGUACGCCAGCGUCUUCUGCCUCACAGGGCUCAGCUUUGAUCGCUACUUGGCCAUUGUCCGCCCCAUAGCGAAUGCCAAGCUGAGGUCGAAGGUGAGUGGGCUAUUGGUCACCAUUGCCCUCUGGACCCUGGCAGCCCUCCUGGCCUUGCCUGCCAUGAUCUUCCGGAAGACUGCAGUACUCAUUGACAUGGACAGAGUGACCUGUUUCAUGGAUUACUCGAGUGUGGCGACCAACGAGACAGAGGCAGCUUGGGAAGCGGGACUGGGCCUGUCCUCGACCCUCAUGGGCUUUGUGGCCCCCUUUGCUAUCAUGCUGACCUGCUACUUCUUUAUUGCCCGCACCAUUGCUGGCCACUUCCGAAAGGAGCGCAGCGAAGGACUGAGGAAGCGGAAGCGCCUGCUGACCAUUAUCAUCGUCCUGGUGGCCACCUUUGCUGCAUGCUGGCUGCCCUUCCACCUGGUGAAGACCGUCUACAUGCUGAUGGACUGGGAGGUGAUGCCCUUGUCAUGCAGCUUCCAUGCUUUCCUCAGCAACAUCCACCCCUACUGCAGCUGCUUGGCCUACAUCAACAGCUGCCUCAAUCCUUUCCUCUACGCCUUCUUUGACCCCCGCUUCCGACAGGCGUGUGCGGCCGUCCUCUGUGGCAGCGCCGGCCAUUUGGCAGCAGCCAGUAGAGACAAGUCAGCCAGUUUUUCCUCGGGCCAUAGCCAGAACCACCCCAGCAAAGGAGGGGAGCAGCAGCAGGAGAAGCAGUGUCCCAACAGCCAGGAGACUCUGCUUCACGGGUAAAUGCCGGAGAAGAUCAGGCGACCAUGGAGGACUUUGGAUAGAAUGAGCCCCUCUUUUGCUCAUAUUGUGUCCUGUCUUUCAACGCUUCUAUAGCCUUCUGUCUCUUGUGCUGUUGUUUCCAUUAAAAACGACAGUCUGAU